AUGACCACCACCAUCCGCCAGUUCACCUCCUCCAGCUCCACCAAGGGCUCCUCGGGCCUGGGGGGCGGCUCCUCCCGCACAUCCUGCCGGCUGAUGGGCGGCGUGGGCACCGGCUCCUGCGGGCUGGGGUCUGUGGGUGGCCUCGGCAGUGCCCUCGGGGGCAGCGGCUAUUCCAGCUGCUACAACUUCGGCUCGGGUGGUGGCUAUGGCAGUGGCUAUGGCAGCAGCUUUGGGGGCGUUGACGGGCUGCUGGUGGGAGGUGAGAAGGCCACCAUGCAGAACCUCAACGACCGCCUGGCCUCCUACCUGGACAAGGUGCGCGCCCUGGAGGAGGCCAAUGCCGACCUGGAGGUGAAGAUCCGUGAUUGGUACCAGAAGCGGGCUCCGGGGCCCGCCCCUGACUACAGCCACUACUUCAAAACCAUCAAGGAGAUGCAGGACAAGCUCAUCACGGCCAAUGAGGCCAAAGCCAACAUCUUGCUGCAGGCAGACAAUGCCCGCCUGGCCGCAGACGACUUCCGCACCAAGUUUGAGGCAGAGCAGACCCUGCGCAUGAGCGUGGAGGCCGACAUCAACAGCCUGCGCCGGGUGCUGGAUGAACUGACCCUGGCCAGGGCUGACAAGGAAGCGGAGAUCGAGAACCUGCAGGAGGAGCUGGCCUACAUGAAGAAGAACCACGAGGAGGAGAUGAACGCCCUGCGAGGCCAGAUGGGCGGCGAGAUCAGCGUGGAGAUGGACGCGGCCCCCGGCGUGGACCUGAGCCGCAUCCUGAACGAGAUGCGCGACCAGUACGAGAAGAUGGUGGAGAAGAACCGCAAGGACGCCGAGGACUGGUUCUUCAGCAAGACAGAGGAGCUGAACCGCGAGGUGGCCACCAACAGCGAGCUGGUGCAGAGUGGCAAGAGCGAGAUCUCCGAGCUCCGGCGCAACUUGCAGGCCUUGGAGAUUGAGCUGCAGUCCCAGCUCAGCAUGAAAGCAUCCCUGGAAGGCAGCCUUGCGGAGACGGAGAAUCGCUACUGUAUGCAGCUGUCCCAGAUCCAGGGGCUGAUCGGCAGCGUGGAGGAGCAGCUGGCCCAGCUGCGCUGCGAGAUGGAGCAGCAGAGCCAGGAAUACAAGAUCCUGCUGGACGUGAAGACGCGGCUGGAGCAGGAGAUCGCCACCUACCGCCGCCUGCUGGAGGGCGAGGACGCCCACCUGACCCAGUACAAGCCCAAAGAACCCGUGACCACCCGCCAGGUGCGCACCAUCGUGGAGGAGAUGCAGGAUGGCAGGGUGAUCUCCUCCCGCGAGCAGGUGCACCAGACCACCCACUGAGGACUCGGCUCCCCCGCCAACCCCCCAGCCCAUCAGGCUGCAGAGAGGCGGUUGCUCCAUCUGCCCCACAGC